GGGGGCUGGGAAACGACACUAUUACCUCUAAUUCCUUUAAAGCUAAUACAAAAUUCUUCAAUUUCCAUCGAUUUAUCAACUAACGAGAAUCAACUUUCAAGUUCAUCACCAUUUAAUUCACAACAAUUAGGAAUUUCUGUAACAAAAACACAUUCACAGUUAAUAGCUGGCGGACAUUCAGAAAUGGCUUUGGAAUUUGAAACACAACUUAAACAAUUAAUUAAUGGAUAUAAAGCUUGGAUGUUUGAUCAAUUAUUUCAACAACAACAAGGAGAAACUGAAGAUGAAUCUUUGAUUGGGUAUCAACAAAGACAAAAUCAAACAGGAAAUGGAGGAAGUGCAAAUGAUGUUAAAAGGCCAAGAUUGUGA